GAGUCCGCAGUAGUCUGCGCUCUGGCCUGGAAGCGCUAGAGCCACCGGUGAGGUGUGCUGGCUGCUGGAGAGAGGCUUUGGCAGACAUGGCUCCCAGCGCGCUGGCUCCCGAACCGGAGAGUCGGAAGGGUAUCCGGGCCGUGUUGCUGGGGCCGCCCGGGGCUGGCAAGGGGACCCAGGCACCCAGAUUGGCUGAAAACUUCUGUGUCUGCCAUUUGGCCACUGGGGACAUGCUGAGAGCCAUGGUAGCUUCAGGUUCUGAGCUGGGAAAAAAGCUGAAGGCGACGAUGGAUGCUGGGAAACUGGUGAGUGAUGAAAUGGUUGUGGAGCUCAUUGAGAAGAAUUUGGAGAGUCCUUCAUGCAAAAAUGGCUUUCUUCUAGAUGGCUUCCCUCGGACUGUGAGGCAGGCUGAAAUGCUUGAUGACCUCAUGGAGAAGAGGAGAGAGAAGCUUGAUUCGGUGAUUGAGUUCAGCAUUCCAGACUCCCUGCUGAUCCGGAGGAUCACUGGAAGGUUGAUUCACCCCAGUAGUGGCCGGUCCUACCAUGAGGAGUUCAACCCUCCAAAGGAGCCCAUGAAAGAUGAUAUCACUGGAGAGCCCCUGAUCCGAAGAUCAGAUGACAACGAGAAGGCCUUGAAGAUCCGCCUGGAGGCCUACCACACGCAGACCACCCCUCUCGUGGAGUACUACAGGAAACGGGGGAUUCACUCUGCCAUAGAUGCAUGCCAGACCCCUGAUGUCGUGUUUGCGAGCAUCCUAGCAGCCUUCUCCAAAGCCACAUCUUAGUAAAAGAAGGCCAGGCGAGACUACACCCUGCUCAUCUCCCCGCCGCGUGAUACCUGCUCUUAGGUGCUGGGCAGAAGGGAAAAGGGUGGUCACGGGAAGGAAGGAUGGUGAGGGAAGUGUGAGGGGCUCAAGACAAGCAUUUGGAACAGUGGCAGUGUUAUAAUUAGAAAGGGGUUUUUUUUGUUUUUUGCGCAUGGAUGGGAAUUUGUAAACUAUAAGCAAGGGGAACAAUUAAUUUUUUAAAAACUGUGAUUGGAGGGCAUUGGUGCGAAUGAAGAGCUACGGUAUUUUUUAAGCAAUCAAGCUUCCAUUUACUCUGGACCACAAAGCUAAUGCUCCAAGAGACCUCAGCUGCUCAGAAGCUCAUGGAUCACCAGACCAAGAAUGCAGCCGUCAACUGGGCCUAUGUAUCCUGUGUGGGUGCUGGGGGUGGGGUGGGCUGUGGCCUGUGGCUCCCACGCCAUCUGCAAGUAUAGAGGAGGUGGGGAUGUGACCUCAUUGGGGUCCAGUAAAUCAUUUUUACUGGAAUUGGGGGGAGCAAGGGGACACAGAUCCCACACUUCCUAUCACUUACAGUCACCUGCAAACCUUCAGCAGCCACCCAGCACACACUAGUCCUUACAACUUUGCCUCUGUUCAUCCAUGGGACCCUUUUCAGUAAGUGAACAAGGCCUAGGAAUGUAGUUCAAUGGCAUGUGUGUGCCUAGCAUUACAAGGUCCUGCUGGGUUCAGUCCUCAACAAUGAAUGAGGAAACAAAACUUAAACUGUCUUAAGCUAAAGCAUCCAAAGAUUAUCCUUCUCGUCCUCAAAUCCUUUGACCGGGAUCACCCAACAACACUGUGAUGUAUUUUUCAAUGAGGUGCCUUCAUAACUGACCAAAUGCUGCCGUUUGGCUCCUGAGUCAAUAAAGUAUUUUGAAAAUUUG